AUGGGUAAACCUGCAUGGAUUUAUGCAGAUUCUACAGUCAAACAUCGAAGUGGAACAGAAGCGAUGCUACAAAAUGAAGAUUUAAAAAUUGUGGAAAGUGAAAGACGUCUCUGGGGUACUUGGAAUUAUGUCGCAUUUUGGCUGUCAGAUGCAAUAAACAUUAGUACAUGGAUGAUAAUAAGUUCAAUCGUUACAGCUGGUGAUGGAUUGUCUUGGUGGGAAGCAUGGAUAUGUGUUUGGAUUGGUUAUACAAUUGUUGCAAUAUUUAUUUGUAUUUCAGCCAGAAUUGGUGCUGUCUAUUACAUUUCAUUUCCAGUUAUUGGACGUGCAUCAUUUGGUAUUUUUGGUAGUCUAUGGCCUAUUCUCAAUCGAGGUAUAAUGUCAUGUGUAUGGUACGGAGUACAAGCAUGGAUAGGUGGGCAAUGUGUCGUAAUUUGUAUUCGUACAAUCGUACCAUCGUAUUACUAUCUAGGAAAUACACUUCCUCCUUCGUUUGGUACUAAUACACGUGAUUUUAUUGGAUUUAUGAUCUUUUGGUCAUUAUCCAAUAUUGCUAUAUGGUUUCCAGUGUACACGAUGCGUCAUUUAUUUACAGUAAAAGCAAUUAUUGUUCCUAUUGCCGGUAUAUUCCUCUUUAUAUGGGUUGUUAUAAAAGCGAAAGGCAUCGGAGCUGUUCUUCACCAAUCAACAAUUUUACCAACAACGACAAGCAGUGUUCGUAUAUGGGCAUGGAUUACAGCAAUAAUGAGUUGUGUCGCUAGUUUUGUUACAUUAAUUGUCAAUAUUUCAGAUUACACUAGAUUUGCUAUUCGUCCAUCAAUUAUAUUCUGGCCACAAAUGAUUACGAUUCCCUUUGGAUUUGCUAUCACCAGUUUCAUUGGUCUUAUCGUUGGAAUGUCAUCAAAAGUUAUCUAUGGUAAAGAAAUAUGGAAUCCAUUGGAAUUAUUAAAUACAUUUCUCGAUAAUAUGCCAUCGAUAACUACCCGUAUCGGUGUAUUUUCUAUUUCGCUGUCAUUCUGUCUUGCACAAUUAGGUAUAAAUAUUGCUGCUAAUAGUAUUUCUGCUGGAUGUGAUUUAACAGCUAUUUGUCCAAAAUAUUUAAAUAUUAGACGAUCUGGUUAUAUAUGUUCUAUAGUUGGUCUUUGUAUUUGUCCAUGGUAUUUACUUUCGAAUUCGUCAUCGUUUCUUUCCUACCUAUCAUCUUACUCAACAUUCGUUAGUGCAAUUACCGGUGUAAUGUUUUCUGAUUACUAUUUCGUUCGAUGUCAAUAUUUAGAUACAAACGAACUUUAUUCUGCUUCUGCACAAGGACUCUACUACUAUAGCUAUGGUAUUAAUUGGCGAGCAUAUGUUGCUUACAUUGCUGGAAUAUUAAUUAAUAGCGUCGGUUUUGCUGGUGCAAUUGGUGCCUCUGUUCCAUCAGCUGUAACGAAAAUGUAUCAAUUGAACUUUUUCUUAGGCCUUAUUGUUAGUGGUGGUCUAUACUACAUACUCCAUAUAUUAUCACCUAUGAAAAUCUACUCAAAUACAGUAGAACAAAUGGCCAAUACUGAACUUAAAACAGACAAUGAUACAGUAGUAGACGAAAUUUCAAGAAUAACUUAUUUUUGA